UCGAGCAGGAGGAGCCGGCACCGGGCGCAGGCGCCGCACCGGUAUCCGCUGCUCGGCCGGGCCUGGCGGCCGCCGCCCUGGCGCUGCGCUCCAUGGAUGGCGUUUUCCUGUCGCCCAGCGAGGAUGAGUUCGUGGGCAGGAUCGCGGAGGAGCUGGAGCACUUCAUGGUGCAGGGGCAGCACCACCGGGUGCUCCUGUUCCCACCCCUGUCCAGCCGCCUCAGGUACCUGAUCCACCGGACUGUGGAAAACAUGGAAUUGCUGAGCAGCUUCUCGGUGGGAGAGGGCUGGAGGAGGAGGACGGUCAUUUGUCACUCGGCUGUCAGGCUUCCCAACGAGACCUCGAGCGACCAAAAACCCGGGACCAACCCGCCUCGGUCGCAGCGCCCAGCGCAGCCCUGGGGCCGGGGGGGCCGGGGGGCCCGGCUGCGCCACCCCGGGGACACCCACGGGGACAAUUCCUGCGCCUCCGUGGGCUCGGGCAGGAUCACCAGGCCGCCCAGGAAGAAGCCAGACAAAGCCCUGUACGUGCCCAAAGGGAUCCGGAAAAAGGCAAAUUGGAGGGAGCGGGAGAGCCCCGGGACGGAGCCCGACGGGGAUGCGGUGCCAGGAGGUGAAAACUGCCCCAGAAAUUCCAUCCGGGACACCCAGCGGGAGCUGGGCAAGGGUGGAGACAGCCCUGGGGAGCAGCAGGAGCCUGAGGAUGUCCCAGGAAAAGGCAGCGCUGAGCAUCCUCUGUGUGAUGAGAAGGUGCCAUCCUUAGGGAAUAGCAACGAUUCCUGUGAGCAGGGAAGCUGGGAUAAAGACUGUUCCCAUUCUGCACGCAGCAAACACCCACCCCAAGCAGGAGAGCAAGAGUCAAGCCACGCCAGCACCGCCAUUCCAGAAGGCAGCGAAUUCCAAGGCCAGCUGCAGGAGGAGAAGCAAUCCAGCCGGGAUUCCGGAGGGUCGGAGUGUGGGAAAAGCUUCAUCCCUUUGGAAAACCACGGUGGCAGCAGGACAGACACGGCCGUGAUAGACCUGACCAUGAGAGACCCAGCUGUGACAGACCUGACCAUGAGAGAUCCAGCUGUGCCAGCCCCAGCUGUGCCAGCCCCAGCUGUGCCAGCCCUGCCCGUGCCAGCCCCAGCUGUGCCAGCCCUGCCCGUGCCAGCCCUGCCCGUGCCAGCCCCAGCUGUGCCACCCCCAGCUGUGCCAGCCCCAGCCGUGGCAGAGUCCCCACUGCUGGAAACGCAGAGCCUGGAGAGCAGCAGGACCCAAUCCCCCCCUGGAGAGCAGGGUUCCAGGAAUGCCGAGGGAAGCCGGGGUGAUCUCGGUGAGCAGGAGAGCCCCAGCGCUGGCCAGGUGGAGCAGAAACCCCUCCAGAAGGUUCUGGAAGGGCCGGGUGAGGCUCUGGCUGCUCCUGAGCUGCUCCGUGGUGGAGAUCCCGGCGCUCCGGGGCGGAUCCGUGGCAGGAAGGUGCCCGGGGAGGAAGAGGAGGACAAGGAACGCUCGGAUGUGGCCGAGGCGCUGUGGAGGGGCCUGGAUUUGGCUGCAGGGGACAGAGGGGGGACAAGGCAGAGCGGCCUCGAGGACGACUGCACAGCAGAGCUCCUGGCUGAGAUCGUUGGGAAUUUGACAGUGAAGGACAUCAGCGUCGAGAGGAUCAGCGUGGAUUAUUCCAGCUACGGAGAGGCCCAGGUCAGCGAGGGGGACUUGGGCCACGUCACCGAGAUCUACGACUUCCCCUCAUCCCUGAAAACCGAGGAUCUGAUGGAAAUAUUCUCAGAUUUCCACGAGAGCGGCUUCAAAAUCCAGUGGGUGGAUGAUACCCAUGCCCUGGGAAUUUUCUCCAGCCUCUCCACAGCCUCCCAAGCCCUGGGCCGCCGCUAUCCCUGCCUGAAGCUGCGGCCCCUGAUCCACGCAAGCUGCCAGUCCAAGCUCAGGGCGCUCCAGAGACCAAAUUGAUCAGGUCCAGUUGCCACAGGAAAGCAAAGCCAUGAACCUCAGCAGCAGCAGAGACUCUGAACCAACAAUUCCUGGGAUUUUCCAGCUCACUGCAGUCAGAAUAAAUUCCAAUUUUAAUGCUCUAAAGGGACACUGUCACAGUGACAAAUUCCUGAGUUUCAGCACUGCUGGAUUUAAAGGAAACAUCCAAAAAUUUGCUUUAUUUGCAUCUCCCCUUCAUCUGUUUUUUCAUUUAUUUACUCUUCUAAAUCAGGUUAAAUGAAAAUAGAAUUAUUUUUAAUUUAUUAUUAAUUAUUUAAUUAAUUAAUAAUUAAAUAGAACAAUUAAACACAAAUUCCAUC